CAGCAAACCAAAACUCCUUCCCUGCCCUUCCCACCAACAAACCCGAAACCAUGCAGUCAUUCAUCCAACGGGGCGCCGCCUUCUUCACGCCGAGUCGCUCGGCCACCCCGGCCGACAGCCCCAAAGCCACCGGCGACGAGAAUGCCGCCGAAGAAGAACUCAAGCCCGCUGAGACGCUAUUCCCCAAGGUCGACCCGGCCGUGGACGGCGAGGACUGCCUGCACGACUGCGCCUCGUGCACGGUGAAGUACCCGGCCAAGUUCGACGUGGACCAGGAGGACAACAUGUACGGGAACAUCAGCGAGUGGGCGACGCACGUGCUGGUCGCGACGGGCAAGACGGACUGGGUGCGCGACGUGGCGGACGAGCCCGGGAGCGUGAUGGAGGCGAUCGAGAAGGGGGGGCUUGUUCCGAGCAAUGGGAAACUCAAACUCUCCGCCUCCAACAUGCCCGUCCCGGACGAAUACCACUACCACGAACCCGGCCAGCAACCCACCACCGUCCUCCUCCUGCCCAGCUUCACCAUCAUCGACCACGUCACGCCCGCCCUGGCGCCGGAUCUGAUUGAGCAUUUCGUCAGCCGCGGCCCGACCACCACCACCCCGCUUGCCUCGCAGCCCACCCCCUCCGAUAUCUCCGAACUCACCCCCCUCCGCGCCCGCCCCUGCCCGCACUCCGCCAUCAUCCUCCUCUGCUCGCACCGCACCCGCGACGCCCGCUGCGGCCAGUCCGCCCCGCUGCUCCGCAAGGAAUUCGAGCGCCACCUGCGCCACCUGAAUCUGUACCGCGACCUGGACGACGAGCGGCCCGGCGGCGUGGGUAUCUACUUCAUCAACCACGUCGGCGGCCACAAGUACGCGGCGAAUGUGAUCAUCUAUCGGCGGCGCGAGUGGGGGUGGCAUUUGGCCGGUGGCGACAUCACGUCUUCUUCUUCUUCUGCUGAUGCGGACGCGGACGCGGACACUGGUGCGGCGCAGGCUGGAGCAUCAGUAGCAGCGGGAGCAGCAGCGGGAGCUGAGGGCGCCGCCCAGGGCAUCUGGCUGGCGCGGGUCAGGCCGCAGGACUGCGAGAAUAUCAUCCGGUAUACGGUGCUGCAGGGGAAGGUGGUCAAGCCGGCGGAGCAGUUGCGGGGCGGGUUUGAUCGGGGGACGGGGAAGACGAGUUGGUAG